AUGACGUGGUUCCGUGAUGAUCAAACCUCGCUCGGCUUCUGGGGCAAACUGAUGGGCCAGAUCAACACGCUGUUUUGGGACAAUUGUGUAUAUUCCCAUUUGGUGGUCUCAAUCAAUCGAGCGGUUACGAUUGCAUACCCAACGAAGAGCCAUCGCUGGUUUACACCGAAGAAUAGUCGAUUUAUUGUGGUAAUCUCAUGGAGCAUUGCUGCCGCCUUGAAUAUACCUUAUUUCUAUCGCGACCGUUGUUGGAUUGUCUACACCCCGGAAAGCUACACGUGGGACUAUGCCGAUAAUGAGUGCGGAUAUUUCAUUGGGACAAUUCUGGACUGCUACCAAAUCAAUGACGGAGCUACAGCUGAAUCCUCUGCACGACGACGAAAGAUGGAGAUCAGGUUUUUCAUGCAGAGCUGCAUCCAGCUAGUCAUCUUCAUCUACCUGUUCGCCAGCUUCUACUUCAUCUCCAAGUUCUUCACCUCAAAAUGGGCCCUCUUCUUCACGAUCACUUUUUCGUGGCAAAUGUGCCAUUCGCUGGAUGGG